CAACAACCGACGGUACCACCAGAGGGAAUAAAGAUCCUCAUCAGCGACGCAGAUGGACCGGUUUAGACCAGUUCCCGACAAUAGCCGAAAGAAUCCGUCGGAGCCUCAGAAAUAUCACCUCGCGCGCAUGGAAACCCCGGCUGAGGUUCAGUACCAAAGACUACCACUGGGGCGCACACGUCCACCCGAAGACCAAGACCCGAGGAUCCAGAUCACCAAGUAGGGCAAGUAUGAGGACUAAAUGCCCAUGGGAAAUUUAGCCCACACAAAAUCCCACACCACCAAACAAACAGCAACACAAAACAAGGCAAUCAGUCGCGCAAUAAGCCACAGCAGCAAAAGUCGUAACAACACCCGACAACCUCUUCGUUGCCAUGCUGCACAGCCACGCAACUUUAAGCACGCAGCCUCUUAAAGGAGUAGCACGUGAAGAAACCAGUCAGUCAGCACGAGACUGUGAACAGGCGGCCAUUGGCAAGAAGUGACUUCAUCUGCUCCGGAUCGACUGUCGGGCUUGAUUCCAUUUCCGCAACUUGACUGUUGGGCUGGAUGUCACCUUCUCAGUGGCAGCGACACAUGUUACACACGCUCUCACCACAGCCGUCGUUAAACCGCGCACGGGCGACACCCGCUCUCCCGACGUCAGCACCGCCGUCAGCAGAGUGACAUCAACGGCGUCAACAAGAGCGCUACCCACCGCCACCAUCAGAGCGACGCCAAGAACGCCGCUCACCGACGAUCAGAGCGCCACUCAUUGGCGUGCCGAGAGCGCUACAUACCGAAACGAGCAGAGUGCGACUCAUCGAAAUUGCCGAGAGCCCUACAUACCGGCGUCACCAGAGCACAACUCGCCGACAUUGCCGUGAGCGCUUCAUUCCACUCAGCGGCGUCAGCAGAGCACUGCCUACCAGUACCAAAGCUACGCCACUACGGAAUAACGGGCCAGCAACGGAAUGCGGACCGGUUACCUAGUCACCAGAAUCCGUAAAUUUAAACAACCACCAACAAGCCGCAAACCUUGGCAAAAAACCUUCGACGCACAGAACUUUGGCAAACGUUGUCCGGUUAUAACAAGCGUGUCGAAAUUAAAUGCCUCCAAACUGAAAGAUGACCUCGAAGACUGCCUGAACUUGAGCGUCUACACCAAAAGCCUCAAUGCCAGACAACCAGUUAUGUUCUACAUUUACGGCGGUGGCUUUUAUAAUGGUUCCGCCUCUGAUCAUCCGCCACACCAUUUGCUAGAAAAGGACAUAGUGCUGGUAGUGCCACAGUAUCGCAUUGGCGCACUCGGCUGGCUGACUACACUCACCGAGGAAAUGCCUGGCAAUGCGCCCGUAAUGGAUCUGCAGCUGGCUUUGAGUUGGGUGCAGAAAUAUAUUUAUACAUUUGGCGGUGAUCGCGACAAAGUUACAAUAUUCGGACAAAGUGCAGGAGCAGCUAUGUCUGGCGCCUUGCUGCUGAGUCCCAAAACGUCAGAGAGCUACUUCAAGCGUUCCAUUGUGCAAUCGGGUGCCAUAACUGCAUUUUGGGCCAUCAAUCGUGAACCGCUGGCGCAAGUGAAACGCAUCUGUGAGGCGCUCAACUGCGAGCAUUGUGACGAGAGUGCGGAACAGUAUAAAUGUUUGAGGAGUGUGAAUGUAUUACAGUUACUCAGAGUGACAGCAGCGGAAAGUUUCAGUCCCGUAGUUGCCGAUGUAUUUGGCGUGCUUCCUUCAGAGCCGAGAGUGCUGCUUGAAAAUCUCAAACGCACAGUACCGCUGAUGCCCGGUUUCACUAAACAUGAUGGCUCUUUUGCAUUGGCAACACUCUACGACAGUAUUGUGGCAAUGUUAGGUAGCAUUUCUAAAUUAACUGUGCGUCAGUUCGCAAACACGCUCAUUGAUGUGGGCAAGGACAGCACCAGCCUGUCCAACAAUUUGCUCUUACGCAUGCUUUUCGAACAGGAACUAUUGGAGAGUAACAAUCAUACAGCUGCAUGGCCGGCAUACUUUGAUGCUGCGAAUAUUAUAGCCAUGAAAUCGCCAGUGAUUGCUUACGCUAACGGCCUGCAGAGAAGAGGUGCGGCUCCAGUGUACCUUUAUAGCUUUGACUACGAAGGCGAGCAUACACGCUUCGGCUAUGAGUUUGGUAAUUCACAAUAUCCUUUUGAGGGCGGCGUGCAUCAUUCGAAUGAUAAUAUAUACUUAUUUGCUACGCACAAACUCAAUGCGAAUGAUACGAGAAUCGCAAUGAAAAUGGUAGAUUUGUGGUAUUCGUUCGCAGUGCAUGGGGAGCCAAAGGUUGGAGAUCAACCUGAGCUGGAUAUUAGAGCCAUGAAGACUGAAGCUGGUCCCUACUUUCACAUCAAUAAACAAAUAAUUUUGGGUUCUGACAUUCUCUCCGAACUUACAAAUUGAUCAGGCCGUCGGCAUUUCAAGUAACUCAUAUUCGUAAUAAUGUUAUUGAGAAGUAAGAUAAUGUAGGUUAGCGUUGUACAUACCGUACAUUUGA